AUGCUGUAUCUAUGGACGAUUAAUGUCCCCGAAAUUACAUCCAUUCAUUUUUGUGAACGGUAUUUUGAUGCCGGUAAUGAGACUUGGAAAAGUAAUCUGCUAUCUUUAUAUUUAUUUCAAUCUGUAAUCUAUCUAUCUAUCUAUCUAUCUAUCUAUCUAUCUAUCUAUCUAUCUAUGCCACUAUGCCAAUUGUUCAUAUCUAUCUAUCUAUCUAUCUAUCUAUCAAUCUAUCUAUCUCGCUCUGUUUAUGUUUAUUUAUCUAUCAAUCUAUCUCAGUCUGUAUAUAUCUAUGUAUAUCAGUCUGUUUCUAUCUAUCUAUCUAUCUAUCUAUCUAUCUAUCUAUCUAUCUACAUCUAUCUAUCUAUCUAUCUAUCUAUCUACAUUAGUCUAUUUAUAUGUGUUUCGCUCUGUACAUAUGUAUCUGAAAUGGUCCUUAUUUAUUUCAAGUUUCACUAUGUAAACAUCUAUCUAUCUAUCUAUCUAUCUAUCUAUCUAUCUAUCUAUCUAUCUACUCAAAUGACGCAUAUUUAA